CCUGACAUUGAUCAGGCAGCUUUCACAUUACUUCUCACUACAGAUAUAAGUGAUUUCAUUGUACUCUUUGCGAAUCUUGUAAAUUCCGACAUACUUCCUUAUAUUCAAAAUAUUUGAAAAGAUUGUGUAACCGACGAGCAUCUCGUUCAUCGUUCUUGUCAAAUGGCUUGCCCUGACAAUAAAGAGCCAGCCACUAGUUGUGAGGCUGGUAAACUUGUAGAUGACGAAGAAGAUAAUGGUGUCACACUUGAAGAAAUUCUAGAAGAGGAAGCCCAACUCGAAGAGGAUGCAAAUGCUGUUUUGGGUGGAUCUGAUGAUGCAAACUGCACUUAUCGUCUAGGAUAUGUCAACCGCCAAGCUCUCUAUGCUUGUGUAACUUGCAGGCAGCGUUCAGGAAAUCUGACUCAACUGGCUGGUGUUUGCUUAGCUUGCAGUUACCACUGUCAUGAUGGGCAUGAACUUAUUGAAUUGUAUACAAAAAGGAACUUUUGUUGUGACUGUGGAAAUUCAAAAUUUCCCUCCAAUAAAUGCACUUUGGCAACAGAAAAGUCAGAAUUGAAUGAGAACAACAGUUACAAUCAAAAUUUUUUGGGGAAAUACUGCACUUGCCAAAAACCAUAUCCUGAUCCCGAUGACACAAAUCCUGAUGAAAUGGUUCAAUGUAUCAUGUGUGAAGAUUGGCACCACAACAAGCAUUUGGGUAGUAGUCCGCCUCCGGAUCAAGAUUAUUCCGAGAUGAUAUGUGGCCAGUGCAUGGAGAAAUACCCUUUCCUCAAUGCCUAUCUAUUACCAGCAGAAUCGGACCAAACGUUGGUUUGCAGGCUAAGCAAACUAGAAGCUAUUGAGAAAGACCAGCUGAAAAAUGCAACGUUUUGGCCGGAAGGAUGGCGGAAUAGGCUGUGCAGAUGUGAGAAGUGUUUGGCAUUAUACGCAGAUAAAAAGAUCCAAUAUCUUACGGAUGAUCAGGACACAGUAGAGCAUUACGAACAAAAAGGCAAGAUGGCGUGUGUCAACCGACCGUCUAAUAACGAGCGACUUAUGGAAGCUCUUUCCUCAUUGGAUCGCAUCCAACAAGUCGAAGCUAUCACAGAGUACCAAAGUUUCGCGGCUGAAUUGAAAGAUUACCUGAAAACGUUUGCCGAUAACAAAAGAGUCGUUCGAGAAGAAGACAUUACGGAAUUUUUUGGUCGUUUGAAGGAGCGUAAACGACGUCGUCUUGAUGGCGAAUCAACUGGAAUGCCACACUUUUGUCGCUAGUAAUCACCCUUUCAACCGAUGCCCCAGAUCCUCCAUCUAUAUCAUUUAUCUGGAUUGACUGUGAUUCAACCUUUGUAGUAUUUUUUCUUUAAUUUGGACGCCGAUAUAAAAACAAGUUGAUUAAUCCAUAAAGUUGGGGGGGAAAACCGACGAUUGCGAACAUGUAAGUUUUUUUUCAUAUUCU